AUGGGCAUGAUUUUUGAAGACAUGAGCUGUUUGUCCAUCAGUCCAAACUAUCUUUCUUCUUCACGAGAUAGCUUACAUGAAGGAAGACCUUGUUGGGGUUUUUCUUUUAUGCCAAAAUGCCUCCUGGAGGAAUCCCAAAAUAGUGACGUGGGAGAAGGUAAAGGUUCAUCCGACUGCAGUGACGGAUUUGGAGAAACUGGUAAUCAACCCAUUGAUCUUAAUGCUGAUUUAAGUGAAGAAAAACAAAGCAAUAAUCUUCAGGCCGUUGGUAGCAGAGAUAGUGGCCAAUCAAAGCUCUGUGCUAGGGGGCAUUGGAGGCCUGCCGAAGACACAAAGCUUAGGGAACUAGUAGCCCUUUAUGGCCCUCAAAACUGGAAUCUCAUUGCAGAGAAGUUGGAGGGAAGGUCAGGUAAAAGUUGCAGAUUGAGAUGGUUUAACCAGCUGGAUCCCAGGAUAAAUAGGAGAGCUUUUACUGAAGAAGAAGAAGAGAGACUAAUGGCAGCACACAGGCUAUAUGGGAAUAAGUGGGCCAUGAUUGCUAGACUUUUCCCAGGUAGAACAGAUAAUGCAGUCAAGAACCAUUGGCAUGUUGUGAUGGCUAGAAAGUAUAGAGAGCAAUCCAGUGCUUACAGGAGGAGAAAGAUGGGCCAAUUUGUCUGCGGGAGAGUAGAAGAUCACGACCGUAGCUUUGUCAGCAGGAGGGAUGCAAGUGCACCCAUCAAAACAGAAUCAACAGGACCUCCUCCUCCUAAUUACACUCUGAUUAAUAACUCCAACGGAACACUACUUGGUAACCUAACAGCUUGUUCGUCAGGAGGAAAUCUUAAUGGCGGUGUAGGUGCUGGUGGCAUUGGGAUUGCUUGUGGAUCAAAUAUUUCACCCCACAUGGCAGCUGGUGGGGAAGCAAGAGCACGUUUCCUCGUAUUUUUGCCUUACCUCGUUGCUUCAAAUUGUUCCUUUUUCAUAUUUGUGGUCUCUAAUAUUGCACUGGACUUUGGCCAUUGA